AUGGUAAACCCUAUUCUACCCAAAUCCUCUACCGGUUGUAUUCAAGUGAAUAUAUCCAAGCAUAAUCUGAUGAAAAUGACGCGUGCUAAGCCUAGUGCUGCUAAACCUGUCAUGACAAAGACUAUUCAUAUACAUCAAGGGAAGGUGGUCAAGGUUACAAAGAAAGACAAACCCAUUUUAUUAAGUGUUCAUGAUCCAUUACCGAUACCCGAUUUGUAUGACCUAUCGCCAGAGAUACUGAAUCUCCUAGACACGUUACCUCUGUGGCAGGAGGCUGUCCCGGACCUGCCGCUGUUUAACCUCUAUGAUUCACUCAUGCCUGGCAAAAUGUUAGACGAUAUGCUUACGAUUGCUGAUGACCAUUAUGUUGGAUUGUGUCCACCGCUCGAUCUCGGGCCCAGCAUUCUGGAUCAGCCGUACACGGGAAUAUAG